CAGUAUGACGUCGUGUUGGGCAGGGGCGCUUUCAAGACAGUUUUUCGUGCAUUUAAUGAAGAGGAGGGCAUCGAGGUUGCAUGGAAUCAGAUCAAGGUCAAUGAUCUGGCGUCCUCACCGGCUGAGAGGGAGCGUCUAUGGGCUGAAAUCCGUGUCCUUAAGCAGCUGAAGCACAAGAACAUUAUGACCUUCUACGACUCGUGGCUGGAUAAUAAGAACAAUACCGUGAAUUUUAUUACUGAGCUCUUCACGUCUGGGACCUUGCGGCAGUAUCGCAAGAAACACAAACACAUCGACGAGCAGGUGCUGAAGCGCUGGGCAUGGCAGAUCUUGCAGGGUUUGGUGUACUUACAUGGCCAUAACCCGCCAAUAAUUCACCGUGACCUUAAGUGCGAUAACAUUUUCGUGAAUGGGACCUCUGGCGUUAUCAAGAUCGGUGAUCUGGGCUUGGUCACACUCUGCCGGGGUUUCACGGCGCCGCAAAGCGUGCUGGGCACUCCCGAGUUCAUGGCGCCGGAGCUGUAUGAGGAGAAGUACGACGAGAAGGUGGAUGUGUACAGCUUCGGGAUGUGCCUGCUCGAAUUGGCGACAAUGGAGUACCCGUACGCUGAAUGCAAAAAUGCGGCACAGAUCUAUAAAAAAGUGACGCAGGGCAUUCACCCCAGCGGCCUGGCGAAGGUACAAAAUACGGAGCUGCGGGAGUUCAUUGAGCUGUGUAUUCAGCACGACCCUAACCAGCGGCCUGAGGCGCGACAGCUCCUGAAGCACCCGUUCUUUGAAUCGAUACGUGCUCAGCUAAGCUGCGGUGGCACGGACAAGGUGCCGGUGGACCGCCCUGAGCCCGCGAUAGCAGGGAACAAUACCCCGGAGGUCUUUUCGGAUGAGGAGCCAGCCCCCCCUGCCGCGCCCACGUCGAACGGUCUGUCAUUCCCUGGCCCUGAGGUGGAGGGUGGCACCGGCAUUGCAGUGGGCUCAUCUCCGCAAACACUGCUGCUUUCGGCGUCUGGGGAGCUGCCAAUGCGAGCCGCAUCGCCAGCAUUGCCACCGCUGGCGCAUGCACCGUCGCCAGGCUUGCCACAGCCCUUGCAAAUGGACUACGGUGGAAUUCGACAAGCGGAGUCGUCAGUAGAAUUGAAUACCUGCGCUUCGGCAGGGGUACGGCAAUCAGGUUCCAGUGUCGACCUGCGUUCGCCCGUUCUACAGGAGCUACCAAUGGCAAUCCUGCAUCACCAGCAGUCUUUUGUGUCAGCUGCGAGUGCUCCUGGAGACUUGGGUGCUUCAGGGGGGUGCUCAGCGGCUAACGGCGGGCGGGAAUCGCAGGGCGGCGUGGCUGGGACAGUGUCGGACGAAGCCGAUGAAAGCGAUGGGCUGGUGUGGGCGCGUGAAAUUAACUUGCACUGCAAGCAGGUCGAGGAGUCGAAACUCAGCUUUCAGCUGCGCUUCACCGAGCCAGC